AUGGCAAGUGCUAUGAAAGUUAAAGAAUCACCGUGGUGCCGCCAAAACAACAACGACGAACCAGUGGUAUCGUUUGAAGAAAUAAUGAGUUUGGAGCUAGCUGAACAGCUUGAGGAAGAGGAUGCAGUUGCGAAUGGUAUCGAUCCAUCAAUUGCCCAGUAUGGCAUAAGUCCCAGUGAUCUGGCGCAGUGCAAGGAUGACUUAGAAUUGGCCCAGAAAUUACAGGAUGAAUUUGAUCGGGAAUAUCAAAUGAGCAUCAAACAACCGGAAGAAAAAAAUGUUAAAGGUCAGCUUGAAAUUAUGGAUUUUUUGUUCUGUUUUCAUGCUUUUUGA